AUGGCGCAGAAUGCUAAACAGUCGGCAGCUAAGGAGACGUUUGUCAUCAAGCCCGAGAGCACGACUCCUGCUAUUGACUGGAGCCAGACGCCCCUGCUGCUGAAGAAUUAUGACAAGCUUCUUGUCCGAACUGGUCACUUCACUCCGAUCAACCAUGGCUGCUCGCCACUCAACAGAGAAUUGAAGCAGUACAUCAGCUCUGGUGUAAUUAACCUUGACAAGCCCUCGAACCCGUCCUCCCACGAGGUUGUCGCGUGGGUGAAGCGAAUCCUCCGCGUUGAGAAGACGGGACACAGCGGAACCCUCGACCCCAAAGUCACAGGCUGUCUGAUUGUUUGUAUCGAUCGUGCUACCCGACUCGUCAAGUCCCAACAAGGUGCUGGAAAGGAAUAUGUCGCUGUUAUUCGACUCCACGACAAACUUCCCGGUGGACAGGCCCAAUUUGCGCGUGCUCUCGAAACCUUGACCGGUGCUCUCUUCCAACGUCCCCCCUUGAUUUCUGCAGUCAAGCGCCAAUUGCGUAUCCGAACUAUCCACGAAAGCAAAUUGAUCGAGUUCGACAAUGACAGGCAUCUCGGUGUUUUCUGGGUCAGCUGCGAGGCAGGGACUUACAUCCGAACCUUGUGCGUACACUUGGGAUUGCUGCUAGGGGUUGGAGGCCACAUGCAAGAGCUUCGACGUGUGCGAAGUGGUGCCAUGGACGAGACCAAGGAUCUGGUUACCCUCCACGAUGUUCUCGAUGCCCAGUGGUUGAUGGACAAUCAGAGAAACGAAGCCUACCUUCGCAAGAUCAUCCAGCCCCUGGAGACACUCUUGGUUGGUUACAAGAGAAUUGUUGUUAAGGAUAGCACUGUUAAUGCUAUCUGCUACGGUGCUAAGCUCAUGAUUCCCGGUCUUCUCAGAUAUGAGGCGGAUAUCGAUGUACAUGAGGAGGUUGUUCUCAUCACUACGAAGGGUGAGGCCAUCGCUCUUGGCAUUGCCCAGAUGUCAACGGUAGAGAUGAGCACAUGCGACCAUGGUGUCGUAGCCAAGGUCAAGCGUUGCAUCAUGGAGCGCGACCUGUACCCGCGAAGAUGGGGACUGGGCCCUACGGCUACUGAGAAGAAGAAGAUGAAGGCAUCCGGAAAGCUGGACAAAUAUGGCCGAGCUAACGAGGCAACACCAGCUGCAUGGAAGUCCGAGUACAAGGACUUCAAUGCCCCGCUCGAGCAGCCUGCUACCUCCGCACCUACCGCAGAUGUCACCAUGUCGGAAGCACCUGCUACAACCCCCGUGAAGACCGCUACUCCUGCUGAGGCUCCUGCUGCAGCAACGCCGGCAGACGACGACAGAAAAAAGCGCAAGAAGAACGAUGGUGAAACAGCCGAGGAGAAGGCAGAGCGCAAGCGGUUAAAGGCAGAGAAGAAGGCGGCAAAGAAGUCAAAACGGGCUUCGAUGGCGUCCGCCAAGGAGUCCGACGACUCUGAAUAA